CGAAUAUGAAGAAGGCUCGUAAAGCGAAGGCUGCAAACGGAACGGCAACUGCCCCAAAGAAGCGCGGCAAGAAGUCGUAAGUACUUACUUCUUCUGACUCUAGGAUGGUUGCUGAUUACAUACAGGGAGGCUUAACGGACAUGUAUCUGCUGGAGCGUCAACGUGCUUGGAGGCCGGCAUGUCGUACAAUGAGCCCUGGUUCACUCCGCACGAGAGGAAUGCGGUCGCUGUACUUCUUGCUCCUCUGCCCCCGUCCUGGCCUGUGUCUCUUUCGACCGUCUCCUUCAAUUUUUCAUGGUUUUUGUCCUUGUUUUUUGUGCCCGACCCCGCUGUAAUAUUUGCUCAAAAGAUCUGGGGGACGGGACGGUCACAGAAGCCAACAGAGGCAGUGUAUAGUAGCAAGUUCAAUCAGGGAGACGGGCAAUCCAUCUGAAUUGGAGCCAGAGGCCCGCAAAAGCCCGAUUUUCUUCUGUCUUGUGCUCCUUCGCAUACUGAGCCAGAUGGUGAAAACUUACUCAGUGUACUACACAAGUGCAACAGGUCUUGGAUGCUCAGGCCAGCUCCGGCAUGACGGUAGGCAGGCCUUGACGAGGGGGCAUGCAUCGUCGAAACGAAACAUGCAGGGAUUUCUAGAGUAUUCCUCUGCCCUCGGCAAUCUGGGACUUCGUGUAGUGUAGUGUAUGAACGAUGGAAGCAGAGGAAUGGGUCACAGACCCGGGGCGCAGGGUCGAUUGGGGUUGGUGGAUGGGCCGGAUCCG